GUUUGUUUGGAGCUGUCAGGAAAGGUGUGAGUUUUUCACACUUGCAGUGUAGUUCGAGAGCUGCUCAAGUUCGCUGUCAUCAUGUCGACUAGUGUGCUGAACACCAUUUUGGCUGUGGACAAGGAGCAGGAGCUGCUGCAGAGCUUCAUACGCACUGGCGCCAAUGCGGACGAGGAGGCAUUGGAGGAGUCAAACAAGAGGUCAAAGGGUCGCAGUCGUGCCUCCCACAAGCUGCCCAUUUGGGAAAGACGCGACUCGUAUGGCGGCGGCGGCGGCGGUGGCGGCAAAUCCUCAACAGAUCGCGCUGCUCGCAGAACUAGCAAGCAUCCGGACGAUUUGGAUGCUGGCGGCUCAAAGCGAGGCAAUCGCAUCGAGGCGGAACUGCGUGCGGCACGCAAACGCAUCGAGGAGCAAAUGCUGAAGAAAAAGAAGCCCAAGGAGAAUUUCGUCGACUUCUACACGGACAAGGAUCGUGCCGCGGCUGUCAGUGCCGGCGCCUUCGACAUUAAGCAAAGUCUGCAGAUCAAACAGAAGCAAGAUCGCAACGAGGCGCUGCUAAUACCCGACGAGGCCGACAUCAGUUCGAUAAUUGCGCUCGGCUUGAAGGAGAUCAAAAAUGCGAAUCCCGAAAAUGCAAUACAUUUCUUUUGCAAGGCUCUGGAGCUAAACAGCACGGACAUCAAUGCUCUAAUUUCGCGCAGCAAAUGCUACUUGCUGCUGGGCGAGGCAUCGAAGGCGCUGCAGGAUGCCGAAACGGCGCUAGCUGAGGACAAGAACAACAUACGCGCCAUAUACCAAAAGGCCGAGUCGCUCUACUAUCUGGGCCAGUUCGAGCAGAGUCUGAUGUUCUUCCAUCGCGGACUGCGCGCUCGACCAGAGCUGGCGCUGUUUCGCCUGGGCGUGCAGAAGACUCAGGAGGCCAUUGAGAAUACCAUUGGCACCAAGACGCGCUCCAAUCAGCCGCUGGCCACGGCCAAGAGUGGCAUAUCGCGCAAAUCGGGCGAUAAUACGCCCAAGGCACAGGCACAGCCGCAGCUCGUGCGCCAGAAGGCCACAAAGGCGGACCUGGAACGGCGCAACGCGCGCAAACUGCUGGGCGAGCUGUGCGUGGACAAGGAGUAUCUGGAGAAGCUGCUGCUGCAUCCGGAUCUGAUGCGCGCCGACACCAACACUGAGAACAUAUCUGUUUUGGCCAAAGAGGCGGUUUGCUUUCUCAACAAACGUCAGGAGUUCUGGCGCCAACAAAGACCCUGCACAGCUCUACCAAAUCACAAGAGUCUGCCCAAUGAAGCAAUUCCCAAAUGGUUCUAAGGCUUAUAGAGGCUAUUAAGUAAACAGUAAACAAUGAGCCCUAAGCAACCCAAGAUCUUUGCCAGCUCUACCAAAU